UUUGGUCUUUGGACAAAGUCAAAUUCAAGCAAACGUAAAUGUCAAAUGUUCCAAAACGACGCAAAAAUUCCAACAAAAAGUUUCCAAUAAUUUUUCAAUUUCGCUAAAACUCAAAACACAAAACAAACAAAAAAAAAUAUUACAAAUCCAUAAAUUCAAGUGACAUUUUUUGUGCGCAAAAAUUCUAACAAAUCGUAGCAAGAAAUUUACAUAAAAUUUUGGACAAUUUUUUGCUUAAAACAAAUUGUGUGAGAUUGAAACAAAAAUUGGUUUGCAAAAGUGCCGAAAGUGAAAAAGUUCGCAGUAAAAUUUCGCAGUUUAGUUUUUUUUUAUUCUGGUUCGCAAAGUGCCUACGACGGAAAGUUUCCAACUGCAGUGCAAAAAGCAAGCAAAAAGCAGCGACAACAGCAGCAACAGCAACAACAACGAUUGCCACGCAUAGCAAAAGUAAACGCAAAGCAAAAGCAACAGCAACAACAACUACAGCAGGCGGCAGCAAAAGCAGUAGUAGCAGUAGCCGAGCAAGAAAGCAAAAGCAAACGCAGCCUGAGACCUGAGAGCAAGCAAAAGCAAAAUCAGCAAAAGCAGCAACAGCAGCAGCAGCACGGAAACGACCUGUACGUGUUUUUGGCAAAUUAUUGACAUUUAACAUUGAAUUUGAACAAAACAAUUGGAUACAAAACAACAAAAAUUAAACCAAACAAAAUUAAAACCACAAAUUGGCAGUUCAAAAUUAAACAAAAUUUGUAAAGCUAUUUUUAUACAUUGCAUUGAAAACUUUUUGCAAAAAUCUACCGCAACUUACUUAAGAAAUUUUUGCAUUUGUAAAACUAAAACAAAAAACUACAAGAACAAAAAACAUUCCAAACAUUUUCCGAAACGCACAAGAAAUUUAAAUUUUUUUAAUAUUUUUAAAUUCAAAAGUAAAAAAGCAACGCAAAAAUAAAUAAAAUGGCAUCGGAAUUGGAUCAGUUUGCCGACUUGGAAUUAUCUAAGGAAGAUCGUGAACAAAUAUUUGAUCCGCCUUUGGAUCGACAGCCGUUGGAAGGUGCUGGCACCUCAAGCAUAUCGACAGCGAAAAUACUUAUUAGCGGCAUACCGCUGCAAACACGUUUCGAAGACAUCGAACCUUUACUGAAGCCAUACGGCAUCGUCAAACAGUGUGAGGCUGUGUCCAGUAAGGACCCCAAUACCCAAACUGUACAUAUAACAUUCGAAAAUCCCGAUCAGGCUCAAAGAGCUGCUGGCGGAUUAAACGGCGUCGAAUUCGAGGGCAAUAAAUUACACGUCGAGCCAUUGGAUAAGAAUCCACGACGUACUAAUCGCAAUCAACGUAACCCAUAUCCCGGUAUGCCAGGACCCGGACGUCAAGCCGAUUUCCCGCUACGCAUUCUCGUGCAAAGCGAAAUGGUCGGAGCGAUUAUUGGCCGUCAAGGCAGUACAAUACGUUCGAUCACACAACAGAGUCGCGCUCGUGUCGAUGUACAUCGGAAGGAGAAUGUCGGCUCACUAGAGAAGGCGAUCACCAUUUAUGGUAACCCAGAGAAUUGCACGAAUGCGUGCAAGAGAAUUUUGGAGGUGAUGCAGCAGGAGGCCAUCUCUACAAACAAGGGUGACAUUUGUUUAAAAAUUCUCGCCCAUAAUAAUCUAAUUGGACGUAUUAUUGGUAAGAACGGCAACACAAUUAAGCGCAUCAUGCAGGAGACAGACACUAAGAUCACCGUCAGCUCAAUUAACGACAUCAGCAGCUUCAAUUUGGAGCGCAUCAUUACGGUUAAGGGCCAAAUUGAAAACAUGUCACGCGCCGAAGCGCAGAUAAGUUCAAAACUACGCCAAAGUUACGAGAACGAUUUGCAGGCCAUGGCGCCGCAAAGUUUAAUGUUCCCCGGGCUCCAUCCGAUGGCCAUGAUGUCGACACCCGGCAACGGCAUGGUCUUCAAUCCUAGCAUGCCAUAUCAGUCGUGCCCGGGCUUUCCCAUGUCAAAGACACCGGCGACUGUGGUGCCACCUGUAUUCCCCAACGACAUGCAGGAGACUACAUACCUCUAUAUACCGAAUAAUGCAGUGGGCGCGAUUAUCGGCACCAAGGGCUCACACAUACGCAGCAUAAUGCGCUUUUCGAAUGCCUCUUUGAAAAUAGCUCCUAUUGACAACGAUAAGCCGGCCGAGCAACAGACCGAACGUAAGGUGACGAUCAUCGGUACGCCGGAGGGACAAUGGAAGGCGCAGUAUAUGAUUUUUGAAAAGAUGCGAGAAGAAGGUUUCAUGUGUGGCACCGAAGAUGUACGCCUAACAGUCGAAAUUAUGGUGGCCAGUUCGCAGGUGGGCCGAAUAAUCGGCAAGGGUGGUCAAAAUGUGCGCGACUUGCAGCGCGUCACCGGCAGUGUUAUAAAGCUGCCAGAGCAUGGGGUGGCGCCAGCAUCAGGCGGCGAUGAGGAGACGCCCGUGCAUAUUAUUGGCCAGUUCUACAGCGUACAGUCGGCACAGCGUCGCAUACGCGCCAUGAUGAUGUCGACGAAUCCACCGCCGGUGACUAAAAAGCAAAAAGCCGCCAAAGAACAGUCCGCCGCCGCCGCCGCUGCAGCAGCUGCUGCCGCCGCUGGCAGUGGGACUCAGCAACUGCAACAGCAGCAGCAGGUAACACAGCAGCAACAACAACUGCAACAGCCACAGCAGCCGCCACAGCAACAACAACAGCAACAGUCGCCGCCACAACAACAACAACAGCAACAACCAUCUGCGUCAAGCCAGUAAGCAAAAACAAAAAAAAAUAAAACAAAAAAUGCGCGUUGAUUAUUUUGUUGAAGCAUUUUUUAUUAUAACAUAUUUUUUAUUUUUAUUUUUUUUUAUAAAUUAAAUGCAGAGAAAUGUGUAUGAUGAUGUAUUUAGGUUUUCUAAUAUACUAUAAACAUAAUUAUUAA